GGAUAUCUCUCUAAGAACAUAUUCAACAUUUGUACAAAUUAAUGUGAAAUUUAAAUUUGUUUCAAUUUCAUUCAACUCUUUCUUUCAACAGUUUUCAUCACAAAGUUUCCAUAAUUUGUGAAAAAUACAAACAAACACCAGAAUAAAUUUAACUGGUAUUGAUCUGCAAUACUGACAUGAAAGUGUCAAAGUUUAUCAAAAAGUAAAACCCAAUAAAUUCCAGGAAAGCUAUAAUUCGAUGAGGGUUUGAUUAAAUUUUCAGUGGUAUGGAAAGUUCAGGCAAGAUGGUCGAAUGCAUAGUAGAAACAGGCAAAACCCUAAACACAAACAAUCAAGGCAUAAUAAAAUAUUUAUGUGGAAUGGAAGAGGAGAGAAACAAUUUGGGAACUAUUAUACAGAAACAGUUUGAGGAAAGAGAAAAAAUCGAAUCCGAUAUUGAAAAAUUAACUUUCAAAUUAGGUCUAAUUAACAAAAGUCUGACAAUGAGAAUCAAAACGAAAAACAACUAUGACAAAACCAUAGACGAAAUAAAAGUGCACUACGAGAAACUGGUGGACAGUUCGAAUAAUUUGAGGGAAAUUGUUGAGAAAACUCAGACAGAACUUGAUAGCCUUAUGAAUAAGAAAAUAGGCACCGGCACUCAGCCUGAAGAAGAUGAAAUCAAAAUAUUGUAUAUUAAACCUUUUGCGAACGAUGACCAACCUACCAAAGAGAAAAGGCCACACAAUGCUCCUGCAAAAUGGGACAGUAUAAUUGGGGAAAAAAUAAGGAAAUCUCAAGAAAAAAUUACCAAUAAAAAAGUUUCUUCUGAGAAAACAAUUAUUAUUGCAGAUCUUAGUGGAAAUAAAGCAAAUGGCAAGAGAAUAAGAAAGCCAGAAAAAUCUCUACAAAAGGAGUCUGAAAUAGAAACAGAAAUAAUUCAUAAUAAUAAACCAAUGAUUGAGUUGGAAAGUUCUUCUGGAAAAGUUACUGAUGUGACAUCUAGCUCAAAUUUUCCAGAAACCAACGAACAUGAUACAGAACCUUCACUUUAGGACUAGGAGUUUGUCCCUUUCCCGCCAAGCCCUUUGAAGUUUAUUGCAGCUAGUUUUGUUUUUUUUUUUUGUUUCUCAUGUUUUAAAAAAAUAAUCAUAA